AUGUCGACAACAGCGAGGGACAUUCCUGCCAUUAAAAGGGCUGAGCCUGGUGUUCCUCAUCCUACUCAUUUUAGCACCACGCCUGCUGGCACUAUUUAUUCAAAUACACCCGGAGGUACCAGGAUUGUAUAUGAUCGUAGUACACUCUUGAAUCUUGCCAACUCUCCAUUGGCAAAAACUCCACCUAGUAAUUUGGCUUUUAUUCCCGGCGUGACCAAAACUAAUCCUCAGCAUGCAGCUCAUAAUAGUUCCUCAGCAACAGCACAAGUUGAGGGACACUUGGCCCCACCUCAACCCGCUCUCCCUGGUUUACAGCAACAGAUUGAGUCCGACACUAACAGUGAUAAUCAGCCUGCGAAGACUGAAGAAGGCCAUGCUCAUGAGCCAAACAUGUUUGAGAUGGAUAUGGAAUAA